AGAGGCUGAGAGGCCCCACCCCUAGAGCGUGGCGCAAACCCAGGCCACGCCCCGGAGGCGGGGCGCCGCCGGACUGAGGCGGGCUGGCUCAGUGCAGCGGCGGCAGCGGGGGAAGAUGGCGGCGGCUGUUCCCCAGCGUGCAUGGACCGUGGAGCAGCUGCGCAGCGAGCAGCUGCCCAAGAAGGACAUUAUCAAGUUUCUGCAGGAUCACGGUUCAGAUUCGUUUCUUGCAGAACAUAAACUAUUGGGAAACAUUAAAAAUGUAGCUAAGACUGCUAAUAAGGAUCAUUUGGUUACAGCCUAUAACCAUCUUUUUGAAACUAAGCGUUUCAAGGGUACUGAAACUGUAAGUAAAGUGUCUGAGCAAGUGAAAAAUGUGAAGCUUAAUGACGAUAAACCCAAAGAAACCAAGUCUGAAGAGACUCUUGAGGAGGGUCCACCGAAAUAUACAAAAUCUGUUCUAAAAAAGGGAGAUAAAACCAACUUUCCUAAAAAGGGAGACGUUGUUCACUGCUGGUAUACAGGGACACUCCCAGAUGGAACUGUUUUUGACACUAAUAUUCAAACAAGUUCAAAGAAGAAGAAAAAUGCCAAGCCUUUAAGCUUCAAGGUUGGAGUAGGCAAGGUUAUCAGAGGAUGGGAUGAAGCGCUCCUGACUAUGAGUAAAGGAGAAAAGGCUCGACUGGAGAUUGAACCAGAAUGGGCCUAUGGAAAGAAAGGACAGCCUGACGCCAAAAUUCCACCAAAUGCCAAACUCAUUUUUGAAGUAGAAUUAGUAGAUAUUGACUGAAACCAGUGCUUCAGAUCAGAAGACAUCAACAAUAAAAACUUGGCCUUGAAACUUAA